AUGGCGGACGACCACGCCCCCUUCAGGACUGUUGAGUUGUUUUCCUCCUUCUGCCCGUAUAGUGGCCUACUUACUACUAAAGAUAUUUCGUUUAAAUGUCAGGGGGAAAAGUCUAACAGUCUUUUUAAUUCAUCGGUGUCAUUGAGUUGUCCUCCAGAUCCACCAUCCAGUGUGCAGUUGGAAGUGGUGGGUACAAGGUCUCUAAAAGUGAAAUUUACUGAACCAGAGACGGCCCAUCAAGAAGAUAGUAUCGUAACCAAAUAUAAAGUGGAAUGGAGCUGCUACGAGGACUUCAGCCUGCUGGCCGGGAGCCGGGAACUGGCCGACGUGCAGCGUCUUGAGAUCACGAUUCCGGACCUGACCCAGGGCAGCACGUACUUCGUGCGGGUCGCGGCGGCCAACGUCAAGGGAGACAGCGAGUGGAAGGGCGCCUCGCCCCUCUCGGCCACCCCCUCCUGCUGGCGUGACGUUGAGGAGAAAGUUCCCCGUUCGGCUGGCCGAAACGGGAAACUGGAUGAUCUCUUUCAUCAGAUCAUCAACUCUAGACCGGGACAUUCAAGUGAAAUAAAAGGUAAGAUUUUGGCUGACUUAUCUGAUACGCCCCAACAACAAAGGCGGCAGGUUCGCAAAAGUAUAAAACAUUUAUUUACCUCAGCACCCAAGUUCCAGAAAAACAUGAAAAGGGGCGUUUUCUUGGCCUGCUUGCUGUAUCACGAAGAUCGGAUCAUUGUGACAGCAGAAGACACACUUCCUAUUUUAGAGGUGGACGAAACGUAUCCUUCGCCCCUCCACACGGAUUUCCACUGGCUGAUGAAGGUUGCCUGUACUUGGGAAGACGUUAAGACCUUAAAGCAAGAUAUGGAGAAAAGCCAUUCAUCUUCAAACGUCCAUUUUCGAAGUAAGCUGCUGCAAGCUGUGGAGCAAAUGCAGGCUGCCUUAGGUCUCCAGGAUUUAGGACAAUUGUACUACCUCCCUCUUAAGGACAGCGAAGGUACAACAGUACUGUGUACAGUGAAACAGGUUCGUGAUCCCAAGACUAUGGUCACGCUGUCCGUAAGGUGGAUGCCUCUUUAUAAAAUACAGAGGAAGAGGGCAAACAACUCGGAUAGCAACGGUGAUAACCCUGGAGUUAGUGAUUUGCUGCUGGACUCCCUACAAGAAAUGAUACUGUACAGUCAAGUCAGUAACAGGUCACUGACGAGAGGUUUGUACGUUGGCUAUAUGAAGUUAAAAAGCUCCGUUGAUGCUAUUCGAGUUGUUGUGCCAAGGUUAACACCGAAUGUUUUGCCUCAUAUUAAGAUUCGAGAUAAUCCUCAUGUGUCACGUGAAGAAUGGCAGUGGUUCAAAAGCCUUGCUGCUGGAAGCUUGCCCAGCGGGCCUUCCGAAAUUCAAAUGAAAUUCCAGAAAGCUUUGUCUGUAGCAACAAAGCAGCUACUGGCAGAGCUAGACAUUCCAGAAAAUGUUUCAGACCUUCACAGGUUCUACGACGUUGAAGUUAUAGAAUUGAGUAACGACGUUUCUUUUUUACUGGUGCUACCCCCUGUUGAUAGCGUUUGUUCCGUUCCUGGUCAAUGUGACGAAAUAACUUCUAGACCCGACUGCAUUCCACUACCAAUACAGAUAUUUGAAAUGAUACACAUGACAACCUAUCAGUCCAGCUUCAUAACUCGGUAUUCUCGGCUUUCAUCUAUAUUAGAAAUGGACAAUAUGCUUGCUCAUCAUGCUCAUAGAGAGGCCUUUUCAUCGUCCGAACUGUCGGAGGCUAAAUCUCGGCUAAGUCAGUUGCAAGAAUUUCAGGGCCAAGUCGACAACGUCUGGAGAGCUGUUCGAUGGAUCAUGGAUGUGCUCACUUUCGCCCGAGACAAGCAAGGAUCUAAUGGUGUGCCUUUGAAAGACAUCUGGACAAAUGCCAGCACGCCGGACUCCCCAAGCAUGCCUUUGCCUCCCCUGCUGCAAAAGCAAGUGAAAGAAGGCAGCCGCAUCACUACCAGUCUUUCGGUGAGGUUAGCUCACACGGAGCGAAGGCAGAUACGACGAUGUUCCUCAACUUCCCGCUUGCAGAUGAGCUACGCCGAUUCCUGCAACGACGUCGACAGUAUCCUCAGCGGCUCCAAAGCCCACAGUGCAGAGAGACUGGGAGACACGAACUUUGGAAAAGACCACCACAGAGACAGUAUUCGCAGCUCAUUCACAGGCAGUCUGAAGUCCUUGUCCUCGGCGGACAUUACCCUGGACGACGACAAGCUUAGUAUCUACUCGAAAGACAGCGCUUGUUCUAACGACGAGGACUGCCACUGUCACGGAGAAGAGAAAGGUUCUGAAGAAGCUUUGCAGUCGUCGUCUCCGGUUCCCUCGCAUUCACACAGUUCCGAUAUCAUCCGAGUGUACGCAGCGUACGACACGGGACUCCCCAGUGGUACGAGCAUCAGGCUGCACGUGACGCCACGUACCACUGCUCGCGAAGUGGUGGAUCUGGUUGUGAAGCAGCUUAAUAUGGCAGUGAUACUCAAAGGAAGAGGUGGACCUAUAUAUGGUAACAGCCAGCUGCACAAUUUCUGUCUUGUUGUGACUGCUGGCGCAAGGGAAAGGUGCCUCAGCGAUGACUUUCAACCUAUGAAACUUCAAGGUCCAUGGCUUAAGGGAAAACUUUUCGUGCGCAGGAAGAACAACUUGUUCAAUCAUAAUGCUGAUUAGUGGGAAGAGUAGAAAAAGAUUUUAAUAACCGGUUAUUCGAUUAUUUUUACUACAAAAAUUCAAUUGUUUCAAUUGCCCGCCGAGUACAAGUAAGAGAUACUAAUGAUUUUUUCGCUUACAAUUUUUAAUCUGACGUUGGCAAAUAGUAGCUGAUAAUAUCUAGAGUAAGACUAUGUGUUAGGAUACCGAAUUUAAAAUGUUGAAGAUAAUAGAUAUUAACUAUUUAUUCUUAACUCAUUUCUAAAUUAUGCAGGCUAAAUUUUUUUUUUUACAACUAAAAAAAUAAUUCAGUUACAUCAUUUUCAAGUAUUUGCAACAAAUAAACUUCUUUUGUUUCCGUAAUUUCUUUCAUAUUGUCAAAGUUUGUUCCUUCUUCACCAUACAAGUUUUUUUUAAAUGCCCUGCUCUUUGGGGAUUACUCUCUCUCUCUCAUCAAGCAAAACUCAUGUAUAAUUUUGAAAUGGUAAUCAGUUAUUAGAAGUAUAAUAAGACCGUCCUAGGAAAAAUGUGC